AUGUCAUCUUUAUCGACAAGCAAUUCCAAACAAACCCUUUCAGCUCUUCCGCUUCCGUCCAAGUCUAACCUUCUCAUCCAUAACUUGACGCCAGACCCGGCCACGCCUUCUGUGUCAGUAUUCAAGGAAGUCAUCUCGACGGGUCCAUCAGUACAGAGGAGAUCUCGCAUCUUACCAGCCCAAGCGCACUUCUCUCACGUCUCACCAUACCCACUUCCGUUCCCAUUCCAAAUUACACCUCCGGAAAAUCCAGAAGAAGAGAUCGAGGACAAGGCGGCGUACGUGGAGAGUUGGCUCGCGAAGAGGGAGGCGACGGAACCCAGAGGGUCAAACGAUGCGAAUGGUUUGACGAUGCAUUAUCCGAAGGAGGGGAUGAGAGAACAACCCGUAGAACUCAUUGGACUCUCGGAGACGGGUUUGAGGGACUUCCUUCCUCAACUAGAUGUCGGGGACUCGUUCGAGGUCUUAGGCGUUCCGGAACUCACACCAUCUACCUCUGAAGGCGAAGUACAGAUACACGAGAAUGGGAUUGUGGAAUCGACGAAGCCCGGUACGAAAGCACGUCAAGAGCUCGUGGACAUACUCGGAGGUCAGGCCACGCUUAUGUCGAAGGACGGAGCAGAGGUUCCGUUUGCGCCUUGGUCUUUGAGGUAUAGUGGACAUCAGUUUGGAGUAUGGGCUGGGCAGUUGGGUGACGGGAGAGCUAUAUCUAUUCUGGCGACUCCACACCCAUCUGAUCCAGACUCCGUAGUUGAACUACAACUCAAAGGCGCGGGUCGCACACCACUCUCUCGCUCAGCAGACGGUCUCGCUGUCGUUCGUUCUUCUAUUCGCGAAUAUCUAUGCGCAGAAGCUAUGCACGCACUAUCAAUCCCGACAACUCGAUCCCUCUCUAUUCUUUCCCUACCUUCCCUCCCUGUCCGCCGCGAACGUCGUGAGGCUGCAUCGAUUGUAACCCGCAUGGCACCGUCGUUCCUCCGCAUCGGCUCUUUCGAAGCCCUAAACCCUCCGGCCAGAAUGUUCUUCCUCGGUGGCGGGCAGCAGGAAAGGGAUCUUGAGGCGCUGAGAAUACUUGGAGAAUGGGUCGCUUUUAAGGUGUUGAAGCUCAAGGAGAAUGCGAAGGAGGGAGAGGGGAGUGCGUGGGGUAGGGACUUGGUACUUGAGGUGGCGAGGAGGAAUGCGAGGAUGGUGGCGGGAUGGCAGGCAUAUGGGUUCAUGCAUGGGGUCAUUAACACGGAUAACGUUUCCGUUCUGGGACUGACGAUUGAUUAUGGUCCCUACGCGUUCAUGGACGUAUUCGAUCCUAUCCACAUCUGUAAUCACUCAGAUGAAGAAGGUCGAUACUCGUACAAGAACCAACCCUCCAUGAUCCUAUUCGCACUCCGCGCCCUUUUGAACGCACUCUCGCCCCUCAUAGGGCACGAGCUUCAACACUCCAAUACGCGGGUCCCAGUCGGCUGGGCAGCUAAUCUCACCGAUGACGAGGUGAAGGAUUUGAGUCAGAAAGGACGGGAGGAGCUAGAGAAUGAGCUCGAGGAAGUAGUCCUAGAGGAAUCUGGGAAGGAAUACGGGAGGAGGAUGCGGGAGAGGUUUGGCUUCAAGACUAUCGAGGACGCGGACGAAAUAUCCAUCGUCCGACCGUUCCUCACGCUCCUUCAGAACAACUACCUCGAUUUCCACGGCGCAUUCCGACUGCUCUGUACCCUUAAACCUUCGAAUGUCUCAGGUGGGGCGGAGCUUGACGCGUUCGUCGCCAAGAUGCUAGGAUUCACUUCGAGGCCGGAGAUGAUCGUGCAGGAUUCUGCGAGGAAGGAGUGGAAGGAUUGGUUAGGGAAGUAUAUGGAGAGGGUCGUGAGGGAGAAGAAAGAAUGGGAAGGAUCUCAGUCCAUGGCGAACGGCGUUAAUGGCAACGGCGAGGCCAAGAGUGGGAAUGAAUGGGAGGAAAAGAGGUUAAGGGAGAUGAGGGGUAAGAAUCCACGGUUCGUGUUGAGGCAGUGGGUGCUGGAAGAGGUCAUCAAGAAGGUGGAGGACGAUAGUAAGGAGGGAAAGAAAGUUUUGGCAAAGAUUAUGCACAUGGCAUGCAACCCGUACGAAAGCUGGGGUGAUGAGGACGAAGAGUACGAUAUUGACGGUGAGAAUGGGGAUGAAGAGAUGAAGCAGGAGAGGCGGGUGUGUGGUGUGGGUGAGAAAGCGAUGUUGGGUUUCCAGUGUAGUUGUUCGAGUUGA